AUGCAAUCAGCGUCAAAGAUGAAUUUAAAUGAUCUACAUAACGAAUAUGAUUGGAUAAAAUACUACGAACAAGAUAUCAGAGAAUUUGGAGGCUCAGACGAGCAGGCAUCAUUAGUCAUUGGUGGUGAAGCUACAAUGUGGGGUGCACGUGUGGAUGAGACCAAUGUUGUCACUCUAGCAUGGCCCAGAGGUGCUGCUGUAGCUGAAAGAUUAUGGUCGAAAAACACUGAGACAAGUGAAGAAUUCUCACAACGAAUCGGUGAACUUCGAUGCAGAAUGCUCUAUAACAACAUAGAAGCUCAUCCAGUCAACGGUCCAGGUUUCUGCCCAACUAAAAUUUUGAGGACAUGA